AUGAAGAUGGCCACAAUACAAGCCAUCGAGGCCCGCUCUGUACACCAAAUCCAAUCGGGCCAAGUCAUCGUUGACUUAUGCUCCGUCGCCAAAGAGCUUGUGGAAAACAGUCUGGAUGCCGGCGCAACGACGAUCGAGGUCCGAUUUAAGAAUAAUGGACUGGACCUAAUUGAGGUCCAAGAUAACGGCAGCGGAAUCUCGCCGGAGAACUAUGAGAACGUCGCUUUGAAACAUUAUACCUCCAAAUUGUCGUCAUACGAUGACCUCUCGAGCCUGCACACCUUCGGUUUCCGGGGCGAGGCGAUAUCAUCCCUCUGCGCGUUGGCCGAAUUCCACAUCGUCACAGCACAGGAAAAGCAAGUUCCCCGCGCGAAUCGACUCGAGUUCGAACAAUCCGGGAAACUCCGAAAGACACAGAUCGUGGCUGGGCAGAAAGGAACGACGGCAUCGGUAGAAGGCAUCUUCAAGCGGCUUCCAGUGCGUCGACGGGAAUUGGAGAAGAACAUCAAGCGGGAAUAUGGGAAAGUUCUGAAUCUGCUACAUGCCUAUGCAUGUAUCAGCACUGGAGUCCGGUUCAGUGUCAGGAACACUGUUGGCAAGACACGGAACGUGGUGGUCUUUUCUACCAAUGGAAAUAAGACUACCAAGGAGAAUAUUGCCAAUGUGUAUGGCGCGAAGACUUUAUCCGCCCUGAUAUCCCUUGAUCUAGACUUGGAGUUUGAGCCUGCCGCAGCUACGAAACGGGUUGGCGAUGACCAACUGAGUAAAAUCCAGGUGCGAGGCCAUAUCUCGCGUCCUGUAUUCGGCGAGGGCCGUCAGACUCCAGAUCGUCAGAUGUUCUUUGUCAACUCGCGGCCAUGUGGCCUGCCGCAGAUUCAGAAGGCGUUCAACGAGGUUUACAAGUCGUUCAAUGUCUCACAGUCAGCGUUUAUCUUUGCGGACUUUCAGAUGGAUACAAACGCUUACGAUGUCAACGUUUCGCCUGAUAAGCGCCAAAUUCUGCUUCAUGAUGCGGGGGCUAUGAUUGAAUCGCUCAAGGUUUCUCUUACACAACUCUUUGGGGAUGCAGACCAAACUGUGCCGCAGUCAUCGGUCAAAUCCAAGCCUUUGCCAAAACAGCAACCACUAUCAUCGCUUCCAGGAUUCGUCACUGCCCGUGAGCUGAGCGAAAGCAGUGGACUUAGAAGUCCCAGUCAAGAUCGGACGAAAGAAAGCUCAGUGGAGACUCCAGGGGCAAGUCAACAGAGCGCGAUCCAGCGUUUCACGAGCUCACAAGCAGGCAUUGGAAGUGCGCAAGCCACGCCGUCUCCCGCUCGAUCAAUGAGAACACCCCGUGCUGCAACCAAUCGCUCUUCCAUGUCGACGCCAGCCCCAAGUGAACUAGAAACGCCUGCUGCGGAUAUCUCUGACGAUGAACUUUUCGUCCAAGAAGCCCAGGAGGAGGAACCUGAGCCAACCCCUCUCUCCCAAGAACCAUCAUCCCAGCCAUCAGCUCCCGACGAGACUCCAUCUCGCGCACGUGGAGACCCAGAAGAAAUCCCCAACAUUGUCCAGAAUGCCUUCGAUAGAAUGCGUCCACGACGAGAACCCGCCGAACUGGCUACCAUUACUAUUGGUAGCCGAACUGUGACGUCCAUGGUAGGUAGUGGUCCUCCACGAAAACGAUUCUCAGAAGAUCCACCUUUAAUUAAAGAGCCGCCUCGGCGGAAGAGACGGAUACACACACCAUCACGGCCUAAUAUCUUUGGUGAACAUAUGAAAGCGUUUGCUGCACCUGGGUCACAGCUGGAUAAUGAAGAAGACGAAGAGGCCUCUGCUAGUGAAGAUGACCAGAUUGAAGAAGAUGGAAAUACCCUUCUAAGUGAAAUCGAGGACACACAAGGCGAUGAGCAAGAGCCCGCAGACGAGGGCUUUUCUCCAGCCGAGGAUGCCGACUAUGUUCCCGACCAAGGUGUAGUUCAAUCGGAAAGUGAAAUCACCGAGGCAAAAGACACAGACACUGCCGCAGAUGAGAAUCUCGACGAAGCUCAGAAGAGGGCGCAGGAAGAAGCUACAGUUCAACGGCUCAUUCAUGAAGCCGAAGAGACUGCCGUGCUUCCCCAAGAAAACAGCGCGAACCGUGCAAAGAAGAUGAGCAAGGGUGCUGGGCAUCGCGACGCGACUAUACAGCUUGUCGGCACGGUAGACGGGUCUAUUUCACGUCUCCAAUCUCAACUCAUCACAUUGCAAAAGACCAUGCAAGCGGGCACCAAUAAAACGAAAGAGGAAGCCACUGAUCUUGGCGAAAAAACCGCCGAGGACAAACUUUCCUUGACGGUAAGCAAGAACGAUUUCGCCCAAAUGCGCAUCAUCGGCCAGUUCAACUUGGGCUUCAUCAUCGCAGUCCGACCAGGAGAAGACCACGAUGAGCUCUUUAUUAUCGACCAACAUGCCUCUGAUGAGAAAUUCAACUUCGAGCGCCUGCAGGCCGAAACCGUAGUGCAAAACCAGCGACUCGUCCGUCCGCAACGCCUAGAUCUCACUGCCGUUGAAGAAGAGGUUGUCCUUGAGAAUCGCGCUGCUCUUGAGAAAAACGGUUUCCUUGUGACUAUCGAUGAAAGCGGCGAUGAGCCUAUCGGUCGUCGAUGCCAACUGGUCUCGUUACCGCUAAGCAAGGAAGUGGUAUUCGGCGUACGAGAUCUAGAGGAACUGAUCGUGUUGCUGUCAGAGUCAAUUUCAACAUCGGAUGGACUGUCAGUACCACGACCAAGCAAAGUGCGUAAAAUGUUUGCUAUGCGCGCUUGUCGCUCAAGUAUCAUGAUUGGUAAAACCUUGACGAGUCGCCAGAUGGAACGAGUUGUUCAGAAUAUGGGUACUAUCGAUAAACCGUGGAAUUGCCCCCAUGGUCGACCGACCAUGCGGCACUUGAUGAGUCUGGGCCAGUGGGAUGAAUGGAAUGAAUUUCAGGAAACCGAAGGACUCGACCCUUGGAAACAAUACUUGGAAGGAGCAGAAGCAGAAGACGAAGAAGAUGAAGAAUAG